AUGCCCAAGACGCUCCCCGAGAUGAUGACCUCGCUCCGCAUUACCGCCGGGGGCGAUGUCGAGAUUAUUGACCAGCUUCUGCUGCCCCACACCGUAAAGUGGGACAAGGUCGAGACUCCGGAGCAGGCCUUUGACGCCAUUAAGAUGAUGAAGAUUCGCGGUGCACCAGCCAUUGCUUCUCUGGCCGCUCUCUCUGUUCGCUCGCACCUCUCUUCAUCAGCUGCUCCCUCCUUUGCCUCGACGACCAGUGUGCAGGAGCACGUUGCCCCCAUCUUGGACUACCUCCAGUCAUCGCGCCCGACGGCUGUGAAUCUCGGAGAGGCGAUGGACCGAAUUCGUGGCGUUCUCUCUGCAUCCGCAUCCUCUCCUGCCGAGCUGGUGGAGAAGGUCAAGGACACGUGCUUCGCGGUGCAUGCGGAGGACAUGGAGCGGAACCGCGAGAUGGGUCGCCUCGGCGCUGAGUGGCUGUGGAAGAAGCGCGGGGACGGCAAGAAGGGUCUUAAGGUUAUCACUGUGUGCAACACCGGCUCGCUGGCAACCUCUGGGUACGGCACCGCGAUCGGAGUCAUCACCGCUCUCUACGAGGCCGACCACUUGGACACGGCGUACUACGCCCAGACGACGCCAUACCACCAAGGGUCGCGACUGACUUCGCUUGAGCUCACGACCCUCCGUGUGCCGGCGUGCAUGAUCUGCGACACCAUGCUCGGAUCACUCAUGCAGCACCAGGACAUUGACGGCGUGAUUGUUGGUGCCGACCGCAUCGUCAAGAACGGCGACACGGCCAACAAGAUUGGGACGUAUCAGGCAGCGGUGCUUGCUGCGCGGCACAAGGUGCCUUUCGUGGUCGUUGCCCCUGUUACUACCGUCGACCUGUCGCUGGCUACUGGUGCGGAGAUCCACAUCGAGCAGCGCCCACCUGUGGAGGCUACCCUCGUGCGCGGGAAGAACCUCGAGACUGGCGAGCUCAGCGUUGUCCGCAUUACGCCUGAGGGCGUCGGCGCCGACGACAACGAGUGGAAUCAGGUGUACAACCCCUCGUUUGACGUGACGCCUGCGGAGCUCAUCUCUGCCGUUGUGACGGAGAAGGGUGUGGCGGAGCGCGCCGAGGGCGCGACCAGCAUCGACGUCGCGUCGGUGUGCUAGAGUUUGUAUGCUUAGCGUAGACGGCUGCGAUUCCCCUCACGGCCUGUAGAUGACACGAUAAUGACUUCUGACGGCGG